AUGUGGAAAUCUUCUCUUCCAAACUUUCUGGUCACUGACCUCCCGCUCCUCCAAAGCAGCCGCUGUAUAAGCUGCCAAUUCCGCAACCCAGCUAGACUCGCCCAGCUCCGACCGAAGCCCUUCUCCGCGCGCCAUUAUGCUACAGCCAAGGAGGCUACCAAGAAAGUUGCUCCAGUGAAGCGCGAUUUAAAGAGCGAGACUCAAUCUCUCGCAAGGCAACGCCUGACCAGCUCCAUCGAAUUUCAACAGAACCAAAAGGAUGGCCCUCAGCCAGGCGACUCAGACUUUGCUCCCCCGAGACUGGAUCGACCCAUCGGAAGCCCAGUGCUACCAUUAGAGGGACAGAAUACAGGAAUUGACACCCGUUCCAUGUCCCAGCGGCGCGACGACUUCACCAACUAUGACCGACACAUCAAGCGGCGCCAGGAAUUGACAAAACAAGUCGCCAAACCCUACUUCCGCGAAUGGUCUAACCUCCGCCACCACGAAGGCAAGACCUUUGUCUCAAACCCACGACUCUUCAAAGCCGACAGAUCCCUUUACUUCCCCAACAUGCGUGGCAUAACCCUCGCAACACCCAAGGAUGCCCAGAACACAACAACCCAGCUGCGUGGUAGCAUUUCCGUCGUGAAUCUGUUUUCGAGCGUCUGGGCCGAGGGCCAAGUCGCGACAUUCACAGGCCCGAAACAGAACCCAGGGCUUGCGGAAGCGCUAGCUAGCGGCGGAAAACAUGUGCAGCGGAUUGAUAUCAACCUUGAAGAGAAUCGCAUGAAGGCGUGGUUGAUCAAGACGUUUAUGUGGCGUAUGCGGCAGAAGUUGCCGAAGGAGCAGCAUUCACGGUAUUUCUUGGUGCAGAAGGGCUUUGACCAGGCCCUCAAGGAGACUGUUGGUAUGAUGAACUCUAAGGUUGGGUAUGUAUAUCUUGUUGAUGAGGAGUGUCGGAUUCGCUGGGCCGGAAGUGGGCCGGCGGAUGCGGAAGAGUUGGAGGGACUCAAUGCUGGUUUGAGGAAGUUGAUUGAGGAGAAGAAGGCUCUUUCUGAACUGUCGGGCUCGACUCGGAAGAAUUAG